GCCAGCCGCGCUCGGUGCCAGCCGCGCUCGGUGCCAGCCCGGCUCGCCAUGGCCCGUGCCACCACGCUGGUGUCGCAGCUCUGGCUCCUGCUCCAAGCCUCCUGCCUCUGCCUGGCCCAGCUCCGAGGGCCACCAGGAGAGCCUGGCCCACGAGGGCCCCCUGGUCCCCCAGGAGUGCCAGGAGCUGAUGGCAUCGAUGGUGACAAAGGCCCUGCAGGAUCUGCCGGCUCCCCGGGUGUCAAGGGCGAGCCUGGAGCCCCUGGCCCGGAUGGACCCCCAGGGAAGCCUGGCAUUGAUGGCCUGACAGGAGCCAAAGGGGAGCCAGGACCCACUGGCAGGCCAGGAACCAAAGGCCAGCCCGGACUCCCAGGGCCACCAGGGCUCCCUGGUCCUUCACUGCCAGGACCCCCCGGGCUUCCAGGCCAGGUUGGACUUCCUGGGGAGAUCGGAGUGCUGGGACCCAAGGGUGACCCUGGACCUGAUGGCCCGAGGGGUCCCCCAGGCCCUCCAGGGAAACCUGGACUCCCAGGACACCUCCAAGGCCUGGAAGGCAGCGCUGAUUUCCUGUGUCCCACCAGCUGCCCUCCAGGUCCCAAAGGCCCCCAGGGACUGCAGGGACUGAAGGGACACAGAGGCCGCCCCGGCGCCCUCGGAGAGCCCGGCAAGCAGGGAGAGCCGGGCCCCAAGGGGGAUGUUGGUGCCUCUGGAGAACAAGGAGUCCCAGGCCCUCCGGGACCUCAGGGCCUCCGGGGGUAUCCUGGCAUGGCAGGACCCAAGGGGGAGACGGGCCCUGCUGGCUACAAGGGCAUGGUCGGGAGCAUUGGAGCCGCCGGGCGGCCGGGCAGGGAAGGCCCCAAGGGACCACCUGGGAGCCCUGGUGACAAGGGAGAGCUGGGUGGCCGUGGCAUCAGGGGACCCCAGGGUGACAUCGGCCCCAAGGGGGAGAAUGGUCUCCCGGGCAUCGAUGGCAAGGAUGGCACCCCAGGGAUCCCGGGAGUGAAGGGUGCCACAGGACAGGCCGGACGGCCGGGAACGCCGGGACACCGGGGACAAGCUGGAUUGCCAGGCCAGCCAGGAAGCAAAGGUGGCCCAGGUGACAAGGGUGAAUCGGGUCCUCGGGGCCACCCCGGUGUCACCGGUGCCCCAGGGCAGCUGGGCGAGCCCGGACCUCGGGGUGAGCAGGGCCCGCAGGGUGUCCCUGGGCCGAAGGGUGACAGGGGCGAGCGUGGCCUCGUGGGGCCCCCCGGGGAGCAGGGCAGAGCGGGGCCAAAGGGUGAGCAGGGCCCACCAGGCAUCCCAGGACCCCAAGGCUUGCCUGGAGUCAAAGGAGACAAGGGCUCUCCAGGGAAAACCGGCCCCAAAGGCAGCACUGGAGAUCCAGGUGUCCACGGCCUGGCAGGGCUCAAGGGAGAGAAGGGGGAGUCAGGAGAGCCAGGACCCAAGGGACAGCAAGGCAUCCAGGGAGACCUCGGCUUUCCCGGCCCCUCGGGGGAUGCAGGAGCACCGGGAAUUCGGGGCUAUCCCGGCCCGCCCGGCCCGCGGGGGCUGGUGGGGGAGCGCGGAGUGCCGGGAAUGCCGGGCCCGCGGGGCACAGCCGGCCGGGACGCUGGGGACCAGCACAUCGUGGACGUGGUGCUGAAGAUGCUGCAAGAGCAGCUGGCAGAGGUGGCCGUGAGUGCCAAGAGAGCUGCCCUGGGUGGGGUCGGGGCCAUGGGACCCCCCGGUCCCCCCGGCCCCCCAGGACCACCCGGUGAUCAGGGUCCCCACGGCCCCAUGGGACCCCGAGGUGUCCCCGGAAUCCUGGGAGCUGCCGGGCAGAUCGGCAACGUCGGACCCAAAGGGAAGAGAGGAGAGAAGGGCGAGCGGGGAGAGGUUGGCCGUGGCCACCCGGGAAUGCCAGGUCCUCCAGGGAUCCCAGGUCUCCCGGGCAUCCCUGGCCACGCUCUGGACGGCAAGGCGGGCGAGCGGGGCCAGCCGGGCUCUCCGGGCGAGGCGGGCCGGCCGGGCUCGCCGGGGCCCGCGGGGCUGCCGGGCUUCUGCGAGCCGGCCGCCUGCCUGGCCGCCUCGGCCUACGCCGCAGCCCGCCUCACGGAGCCGGGCAGCGUCAAGGGCCCCUCGUUCUGAGCGAUUCCCCAGGGAAAAUCCCUUCCCAAAGUCACCACAACACUGCGAUGGCGCGGGGAGAAGAUUCCAGGCUUUCCCGGUUCUGCGGUGAGGGCGGGCGCAGGGGAAAAUGCAGCCCUAAAAUGAUAGUUUUGGGACCUGAUUUUCUUUUACACAGUUCUGGCGGCAUAAAUUUUAUUUAAAUACACUUUAGGGUUCCUCUGUGCUGCCCCCACCUCCGUUCUGAGCAAUUCCCUCAUAAAAAUCCCAAAGUGACCUACACACUGCCAGAAGCUUCCGCGCUUUCCCAGUUCUGGGGUGAGGGUGGAUGCAGGGAAAACACAGCCCUAAAAUGUUAAUUUUGGGCAUAACCCCAAAUUUGGGACCUGAUUUUCUUUGACACAGUUCUGGCAGCAUAAAAAAAAUCUUAAAUGGGCAUAAAUUUUGUUUCAUGGGGAGAAGCUUCCGCGCUUUCCCGGUUCUGGGGUGAGGGCGGGCGCAGGGAAAGCAAAGCCCUAAAAUGAUAAUUUUUGGACCUGAUUUUCUUUUACACAGUUCUGGCAGCAUAAAUUUUAUUUAAAUACAUUUUUAGGGUUUCUCUGUGCUGCCCCCACCUCCGUUCUGAGCAAUUCCCUCAUGAAAAUCCCAAAGUGACCUACACACUGCCAGAAACUUCCGUGCUUUCCCAGUUCUGGGGUGAGGGAGGAUGCAGGGAAAACACAGCCCUAAAAUGUUAAUUUUGAGAACAACCCCAAAUUUGGGACCUGAUUUUCUUUGACACAGUUCUGACAGCAUAAAAAAAUCUUAAAUGGGCAUAAAUUUUGUUUCCUGGGGAGAAGCUUCCGUGCUUUCCUGGUUCUGGGGUGAGGGUGAGCACAGGGAAAGCACAGCCCUAAAAUGAUAAUUUUGGGACCUGAUUUUCUUUUACACAGUUCUGGCAGCAUAAAUUUUAUUUAAAUACAUUUUAGGGUUUCUCUGUGCUGCCCCCACCUCCGUUCUGAGCAAUUCCCCAAGAAAAAUCCCUUCCCAAAGUGACCACAACACUGCAAUCCCACGAGGAGAAUCUGCCGCACUUUCCUGGUUCUGGGGUGAGGGUGGACACAGGGAAAACACAGCCCUAAAAUGUUAAUUUUGGGCAUAACCCCAGAUUUGGGACCUGAUUUUCUUUGACACAGUUCUGGCAAUAUAAAAAAAUCUUAAAUGGGCAUAAAUUUUAUUUAAUGGGGAGAAGCUUCCGCGCUUUCCCGGUUCUGGGGUGAGGGUGGGCACAGGGAAAACACAGCCCUAAAAUGUUAAUUAUGUUAAUUUUGGGCAUAACCCCAAAUUUGGGACCUGAUUUUCUUUUACACAGUUCUGGCAGCAUAAAAAAAUCCUAAGAGUGGGCAUAAAUUUUAUUUAAAUACACUUUAAGGUUCCUCUGUGCUGCCAGAAUCUGUAAAGGGUCUUUAUGUAAACCAGAAUCAGGGCCUCUAAUCCUGUUUCCAUCCUGUUUUGGGGUUUCAAAUAUGCUCCCUGCACCCAUUUCCCAAAAAAAUUAAAUUGGAAUAAAUUUUAUAAUUCCCUGGGGUGUUUGAAGGAGCUGGUGGAAAUUCCCUUUUCUUUGUUAAUUUGGAAUUUUUAAAGUCCCCCCCAAAACCAAAAUCAUGGUUUGAUUAUUUAAGAGAAUUCCCAGCUCCAACUUUGUCACUCCCAGAGCUGUAAAUCUUUGUAAAAUAGGCAUAAAAAUAGGGAUAUUUUAUAAUUGUGCUGAGGAAAACACCAACUUUUGGAAAAACUGGACAAUAAAACCAAGCUGGAUUCUUAAUA